UAGCAGUUUUUGGAACGCCGCGGACAGAACAGUCGAGGGCGCACGUCGCACACGGUCCUGUGUCCCUCCCCGGUCCCCACUGACCUUGGUCGGAAUUGGAAAGGGAGGGAAAUCAAACGCCCGAAAACCCUAAAACCUCGCAAAGCUCUCACGCGCUCUUCGCUUAGUUCCCAUUGCAUGCAUACUAUAAACCAUUCCAGUUUCCUUGAGCCUUUUCAUUGUUGUAUUUUUUUUUUUUUGGUGAUCAGCGUGUUUGUGAAAGCUAGUUUAUUUUUUCUGGGUGUCGAAGGCGGGAAGUGAGGAUCCGUCAGGGAGCUACUAUGGCUAGGCUGCUCCGGAACUCUUCCCUUCUCAAGCGUUCUCUAUUCGACCCUACGGUUGCUACGGGCUAUAAACAAGGAAUGUUCGGCGCAUCUCAAAUUUUCAGCUUUUCAUCCAGAGCUAGAAGGGGAUCUAAAUCAGAUGGAAGUGACUCAAGAGAUGAGAACAUGUCUAAGAAAGACUUGGCCCUACAACAAGCUUUGGAUCAAAUCACUUCUUCCUUUGGAAAGGGAUCUAUUAUGUGGCUUGGUCGCUCUGUUACAUCAAGACAAGUCCCUGUGGUGUCAACGGGGUCUUUUGCUCUGGAUAUAGCCUUAGGAAUUGGUGGGCUUCCAAAGGGGCGUGUUACAGAGAUAUACGGUCCAGAAGCUUCUGGGAAAACAACUCUUGCUUUGCAUGUGAUUGCGGAAGCACAGAAACAAGGAGGCUAUUGUGUUUUUGUUGAUGCUGAGCAUGCACUUGAUCAAGCACUUGCGGAGUCCAUUGGUGUAGAUACUAAGAAUUUGCUUCUCUCACAACCAGACUGUGGUGAACAAGCGCUGAGUCUUGUGGACACCUUGAUCCGUAGUGGUUCAGUUGAUGUAAUUGUUGUUGACAGUGUAGCUGCUCUUGUUCCUAAAGGUGAACUCGAUGGUGAGAUGGGUGAUGCUCACAUGGCAAUGCAGGCAAGGUUGAUGAGCCAGGCACUUAGGAAACUGAGCCAUGCUUUAUCACUGUCACAGUGUAUAUUGAUUUUUAUUAACCAGGUGAGGUCUAAGCUUUCUACUUUUGGGUUUGGUGUGCCUACUGAAGUUACCUGUGGUGGUAAUGCAUUGAAAUUUUAUGCUUCUGUACGGCUAAAUAUCAAGAGAACAGGGUUUGUAAGGAAGGGUGAAGAGACUUUAGGAAGCGAGGUUCUUGUCAAGGUCGUGAAGAACAAGCUUGCCCCUCCGUUCAAAUCAGCGCAAUUUGAGCUUGAGUUUGGCAAGGGUAUAAGUAGAGAAUCAGAAAUUUUAGAGUUGAGCCUGAAACACAAACUUAUCUCAAAGUCUGGUGCAUUUUUCCAUUAUAACGAUCAGGCUUUCCACGGCAAGGAUGCUUUCAAGAAAUUCCUUGCAGAGAAUCGCGGCGCACAAGAAGAACUUAUGAGGAAACUCAGGGAGAAGCUGUAUUCUGAGACAGAAAUUGAACCAGAGGCAACAAAUGAAGAUGUCACAGAAGAAAUUGUAUCACCUGAUUCUACGGAUGAAGAAGUGGCGACAGCUGCAGAAGCAUGAAUUUGCGAAUGGCCUCGAAGUUUUGGUUCACACCUUUUCCUUGCCUGGAUUGGGAUCCAUGUGAGUGGGAUGCCAUAGCCUAGUGAGUCGAUUAUAAACUCGUCAAUUCAAUUGAAGAAAAGCUCAUGAAGAAGCAUCAGGUGGCUGAGGCAAAUGUUGAAAAUGCUGCCAUAUUGUUCUUGUAGAUAUAAUUUUGCUGGUCAUGAUAUGUAUGCCAAUGUCAUGUUCUUCAAUGUGUUCUGAACUGGUGAUUGGGAGGAAAAAGGGAGGUAAUUAGUAAAGACUCUGGUCAUUUCCAUUGAUCUGUGAGGAUAGUACUCCACUAUAUAUAACGCUGAAUCUGUAUCCCAUUGGAGAUCUUCUGUUGUUA